AACAAGGUGGGCUCCACGGUUCAGUGAAGUGCUUCUUUUCUCUCCAAUAAUGUCGCAGUAGCAGCUUGGUUUUACUUUACCAAAUUAAUUCUCCAUUUUUCUGCCAUUUUAGCUCUUUGCUGCUUAGGUUUCUGCUGUUUUGAUGGCUGUUUCUUGUCUCUGUUUUUGUCUUCUGUUUGGGGGCGCCGCUGUCGUUACUGCUGCAGGCGGUGGAAGCGGCGGCGGUUCCAGGCAGCUCGAUAACACACCCACAUGGGCUGUUGCUGGGGUUUGCUUCUUUUUCAUUGUUAUUUCCAUUGUAUUGGAGAAAGUUCUUCACAAAGUUGGAACGUGGUUGACAGAAAAGCACAAGAGUUCUCUGUUGGAAGCUCUGGAGAAGGUUAAGGCUGAGCUGAUGAUUUUGGGAUUCAUUUCCCUGCUUCUAACCUUUGCACAAGGAUUUAUAGUCAAAAUCUGCAUUCCUCCAGCCAUUGCCAAUACCAUGUUGCCUUGCCCACUUGAAAAGAAAGAUGCCUCAUCGUCUGAAAAUAGCGACGAGGAACAUCACCGGAGGCUUCAAUGGCUAAUCCGAAGAUCGUUGGCUGGAGGCCACAAUGUCGCCCCGUGUAAGGAUGGUAAGGUGUCUCUUAUAUCUAUUGAUGGAUUGCAUCAGUUGCAUAUUCUCAUAUUCUUCCUAGCUGUGUUUCAUGUGGUCUUUAGUGUUACCACAAUGACACUUGGAAGGGUAAAGAUCCGAGGCUGGAAGGAGUGGGAGAAGGAAACUUCGACUCAUAACUACGAGUUCUUCAAUGAUCCUGCAAGAUUUAGGCUCACUCAUGAGACAUCUUUUGUGAAAGCACACACCAGCUUUUGGACACGCCUUCCUGUCUUCUUCUAUAUUGGCUGCUUCUUCAGGCAAUUUUAUGGCUCGGUUAGUAAGGCCGAUUACUUAACGCUCCGCAAUGGAUUCAUAACAGUUCAUUUAGCACCCGGAAGUAAAUUUGACUUCCAAAGAUAUAUCAAAAGGUCAUUAGAAGACGACUUCAAGGUAGUCGUCGGUGUGAGUCCUGUUCUGUGGUUGUCAUUUGUGAUCUUCCUGCUUCUUAAUGUAGCUGGGUGGCGGACGAUGUUUUGGGCGUCGUUUAUUCCUUUGAUCAUAAUCUUAGCUGUUGGAUCAAAACUUCAAGCCAUUUUGACUAGGAUGGCUCUUGAAAUCUCGGAGAAACAUGCCGUGGUCCAGGGAAUUCCGCUCGUGCAAGGGUCCGAUAAGUACUUUUGGUUCGGUCGACCUCAACUCAUUCUUCAUCUCAUGCAUUUUGCUUUGUUUCAGAAUGCAUUCCAGAUCACCUUUAACUUGUCUAUACUGCAUUCUUUCGGGUCGAAUUCUUGCUUCUCUGACGGUCCCGUCCUUACCAUUGUAAAAGUUUGUAUAGGGGUCAUAACAUUGUUUCUCUGCAGCUACGUUACGCUUCCGAUAUACGCCCUUGUAACUCAGAUGGGGUCGGGCAUGAAAACGUCCAUUUUCGACGAACAGACAUCAAAGGCGCUCAAGAAAUGGCAUGAAAAAGCCAAGAAGAAGCGGGUUCUACGAAGCUCAGCAACUAGAACACUUGGACGUAGUUCUAAUGCUUCGCCUUUGAGCUCCUUUGGACGCUCAUUGCGACGGUUUAAAACCACGGGACACUCCAUACGUGUGCCUGCGUACGAUGACCUUGAGUCGUCUGAUUACGAGGGCGAUUCACCAGCAACGGCUAUGCAAGUAUCGAGUAUUGAAUCGAGUAACGUCGGUGUGGAUGGAGAUGAAAUACACGAAAUUGGUGAAAGGGAACAACCGGAGAGUAUAGAGCAAACUAAAGAAGAAGGAGAUGAGUUCUCGUUUAUAAAGCCUGCACCAGUGAAAUGAAUAAGCUUGGUGGCUAUAGGUGAAAGCUUGUACAUGUAUUAAGAUUUUGUUUGCACAUAUCAUAUAGUUUUCAUUUGGGUCUCCGAAGAAUAUGAAUCAUCAUACACUAAAGUUUUAAGGGUCGA